AAUGUGUCACUGUCUGAUAUCAACCUAACUAUCUUCUUGAAUCCUGAAUCGUCACUGUCUAAUAUUAACCUAACUGUCAUAUCACUCUACCUUCUUGAAAUCCCGAAUCUGUCCUUGUCUGAUGUCAACCUAACCGUCUUAUCACUCUAUCUUCUUGUAAUCCUGAAUCCGUUAUUCUCUGAUAUCAACCUAACCGUCUUAUCACUCUAUCUUCUUUGAAAUCCUGAAACCGUCACUGUCGGAUAUCAACCUAACAGUCUUAUUACUCUAUCUUCUUGAAAUCCUGAAUCCAUCAGCGUUUGAUAUUAACUUAACCGUCUUCUGGAUUUAUGUGUGUACGUAUCAGGAAGGAACUUUCUUAUUUGGCAUGGUUCUGAACCAGAAUUGAUUGUAACUGAUGUUGACAUGAUCAAAGAAAUUCUUAACAACAAAGAAGGUGCAUACGUUCAGCGUAAAUUUGGCGGUCCUUUAUUGGAUUUAUUUGGGAAUGGACUUCCAUUUUCAGAAGGCCAGAAAUGGUCUAAACUUCGAAAAGUGGCUGAUUAUGCUUUCCAUGGACAAAGCCUGAAGGAAAUGAUUCCAGCAAUGAUUGGAAGUGCGGAAGCAAUGUUGAAAACAUGGAAAUCUUAUGAAGGUAAAGAGAUUGAAGUGUAUGAACAGUUCAAGCUUAUGAGCGCGGAAAUCAUCUCGAAAACUGCUUUUGGAAGCAGCUACUUGGAGGGGAAACAUAUAUUCCAAAUGUUGGACAAAUUAACUCGAAUCAUUUACAUGGAUCACCGAAAGACUAAAAUUCCCGGAAUCAAGACAUCCGGCGAAAUAGAAUCUGGCAAGCUCCGAGAAGCUCUUCGCGACUCGAUCAUGUUAAUGUUAAAGAAAAGAGAAGAUAAUGUCAAGACAGGACAAACAGAAAGCUACGGAGGCGAUUUUCUUGGAUCACUCUUGAAGGCUCACCAUGAUGCUGAUGUGAAAACUAGAAUCUCAGUGGAUGACAUAAUCGACGAAUGUAAAACGUUCUAUUUUGCUGCACAUGAAACAACCACCAAUCUACUAAGUUGGAGUGUUCUUCUUCUAGCAAGUCACCCGGAAUGGCAAGAGAAAGCGAGACAAGAAGUACUUGAACUCUAUGGCCAAGAAACUCCGAAGACUGAAAGCAUUUCAAGACUACACAUUGUGGGCAUGAUUUUAAGUGAGACUCUGAGACUUUAUUCACCGGUUAUCUAUCUUGUAAGAACAGCAGCAAGAAACACAAGACUUGGGGGACUUACAAUUCCAGCAGGACUUGGAUUGUACGUUCCCCCUUUAUUCGUUCAUAAUAGCUGUGAAUUAUGGGGAGACGAUGCUCAUCUUUUCAAACCAGAGAGGUUUGCUGAAGGGAUGGCGAAAGCAACACGGGACCAACUGAUGUCUUAUUUAGCUUUUGGCUUUGGUCCUCGAAAAUGUGUUGGCAAUAAUUUUGCAACUACGGAGGCCAAAAUAACACUCGCUAUGAUCUUGCAGCGUUACAAGUUCACUCUUUCACCAAACUACAUUCACUCGCCGACCGUGGUUCUCAACCUCCAACCUAAACAUGGAGUCCAGGUCAUCCUAAGUCCACUGUAAACUUAUCGAGUUAUCAUACUUAGUCCUAAAUGUUCCAGUUAAUCAGCAUUUAGAUAACAGCCUGUAUGGAUUGUGUAUCCUCACUGUUAUUGUAUUGUAUUGUUACGUUAAACAAAAUAUUAGUUGUGGUUGCUAUUCUGAACUUAUUGUAUUGGGUACUAAGAAAAUGAGUAAUAUUCAAAGGAUCUGACACGUAUGCGACAUCCAGAA